AUGAAUGUUGUCCAUCUUUUUAUCUUUUUUUUUCUUAAAUUAUCAUUUACAUCUUCAAUAAUUAUUCAUGAAAUCAAUGAAGCCGUUUUUCUUGAUCCAAAAACGAAUACAGCUUCGAUUCGAUGUCCAUUAAAUAUAAUACAUGGUUCAGAUAUUCAAUGGUAUAAUGUAACUAAUCAACGAUAUGAAUUAACUCGUGGACGAUAUUAUCGUAUUAAUGGUCUACAACCAUAUGAUCGAGAAAUGAUAUGCUCGAGUGCUUUACAAACAGGACUUGUAAAUCAUGAAGAAUAUAAAUUUAAAAUUCGAACUUUUGAUCGUCCAUUACCCAUACGACAUGUUGUUGUAUCAGAAAUAACAAGUUCACGUCUUACUUUUCAAUGGAAAGAUGAUAGUUUCAAUCGAAAUGCUAAUAUUACACAUUAUCAAUUAGUUUUAAAAUAUAAUAAUACAAUUCAAUAUCGUAAUUUAGUCAAUCAUACAUUAUCCAUCUAUACAUUCUCUUCUCUACAUCCUAAUACACUCUAUUCAAUAGAGAUAUCAGCUGUUGAUAUAUGGCAACGUUAUGGUAAAACUGUAAUUAUAACUAGUAAAACAUUACCAUUAAAUACUAAUGAAAAACGUACAUCGCAUAAAAUCAUUGAUCGUCAUCUACUUGAUCAAUCAAUAUCAUGUUAUCGUCUUAAUCAACAAUUAUUAUUAAUUGAAUUUAAUCGUUCAAAAUUUUUAAUCUUAAAUCACAUCUAUAAUUUAACGAUCUAUGAUAAUCAAGAUAAUAUAAUAACUACAGAUAGUCUUUAUUCACUUCAACAGUAUUUACCUUUAAUCAAAACAUUAAAUUCAUUUAUUUAUCAGAUAAAAGCAAAGAUUUUCAAAUUUAAAAUAAAAUUAAUGAUAUCAACAGCUCAAUCAGAAUAUCUUGGAUCAAUUUCUAAACAAUGUGAAGAUUUUUAUCCUGUUUAUUCACCGUUAACUUGUACAAUCAAAUCAAUUAAUUUAAAUAAAUAUCAUUUAAUUAUACAUACGCAAUUAUUUAAUAAUAAUAAACAUUUAGUAACACUUAAACCAAAUUAUGUUUUCUAUCAAAUUAAUGAAAAUCAUAUGAUUAAAAAAAAUAUUUAUGAUAUUCAUAAACAUGUUACUGCUGAUAUUAUAGAUAUAAAUGGAAAUUAUUCUGUUAUUGUUGAGAAUAAUCUUGUUGAUAGUACUACGAAUGAUAAAUUAAAUAUAUCAAUACCAUGUUCAAUAACUGAAAUAGUAUCUGUUAAUCGAAAUAAUCGAAUAUUAUGUGGUAUUAUAAUAGCUCUUAUUUUAUUAAUUAUAUGUCUUGCAACAAGUGCAUUUGUUAUUGCUUAUCAAAAAGGUUUAAUGCCUGAAUGUCAUCGGCUAGUACAGUAUUAUACAUAUUCAUUUCGUAAAAAUCAUCGUUCAAGAUCAGGUCUUGUUCAAAGAAAUGAUUCUCUAUUUAAUAACACUUAUGAAGAAUUUGAUUCAAUAUCUAUUCCAAUUGAUCAAUUUGCAUUACAUGUAUCGAAUUUACAUAAAAAUAAUGAUUUUGGUUUUAUUCAAUUAUUUGAAGAUAUCUGUGAGUCAUCAAAAACUUAUAGAUUUUCUGCUGAUACAUCACAAAUUGAAUUUAAUAAAUCAAAAAAUCGUUACAUUAAUAUAUUAACAUAUGAUCAUUCACGUGUUAAAUUAUUAAGUGAUGAAAAAGAUGGAAGAGGAAAUUAUAUAAAUGCAAAUUAUAUCGAUGGAUAUGAGAAAACAAAUGCUUAUAUUGCAACACAAGGACCGAUGACAAAUACUAUUAAUGAUUUUUGGAGAAUGAUUUGGGAAAAAGAUGUUUAUGUAUUAGUAAUGAUUACAAAUAUUAAAGAAUCUGGAAGAAUAAAAUGUGAUGUGUAUUGGCCAGAAGAAGGUACUGAAAUGUAUGGUAUUAUUGAAGUCACUUUAAUCAGUGUUAUAUCUCUGGCAUAUUAUGUUAAAAGAAUAUUUUCAAUUCGAUGUAAAAUGAAUGGAAAGUUCACUGAUCACGAACGUGAAGUAUAUCAAUUUCAUUAUACUGAUUGGCCUGAUCAUGGUGUACCUUUAUUCACAUUACCUGUUCUUUCUUUUAUACGUCGUUCAUCAUCUUAUAAUCCUGAAUCUGGUGGACCCAUAGUUGUUCAUUGUUCGGCAGGUGUUGGUCGUACAGGAACUUAUAUAGUAAUUGAUACAAUGUUAAAGAAGAUCAAUGAACAAGAAUCAAUAAAUAUCCCUUCAUUUCUUAAACAUAUUCGACAACAACGAAAUUUUCUUGUUCAAACUGAAGAACAAUUUAUAUUCAUUUAUGAUGUUCUUCUUGAAGCAGUACAUUUAGCAAAUAUUGAUUGUAAUGACUUAGAAUUGAAUGAACAAAAUUUUCAAUCGAUUAUACAAAUGUUAAAUUAUUAUGAUAAAAUUUUAAAUUUAACACGAAUAGAAAAACAAUUUCAAUUAAUUAUAGAAAAAUCAAAUAAUAACAAUCAAUUAAUAAUUGGACAAAUGAAAGAAAAUUUAACAAAAAAUCGUACACAAGCAAUUUUACCAUUAGAUUCAUGUCGUGUUUUACUUUCAACAGAUAAGAAACCAAAAGAUGGAGGAUAUAUCAAUGCUUCAUAUAUUCAUGGUUAUCAUCGUGUUGAUGAAUUUAUUAUAACUCAACAUCCUAUGACGAAUACAAGAAAUGACUUUUGGCAAAUGAUAUGGAAUGUUAAUGCUACUAUUAUUGUUUCUUUAUAUGGUGAUGAAGUAUCUCAACCUGAUGUAUUUGAUUUUUGGCCAUUACCAAAUCAAAUAAUAGAUUGUGGAAAUUUUCAUGUUUAUUUAAUUGAUGAACAAUUUGAAUGUGAAUAUAUUUAUCGAGAUUUUAUUCUUAAAUCUACUUUAAAAGAUAAUAAUGAAAUACGAGUAAAACAAAUUUCAAAUUCAUAUUGGCCAGAUGCAUGUUCACCAAUGAAAACAUCGUUUAAUCUUAUUAAUGCAAUUAUGAAUUUCAAUUCGAAAAGACCUAUUGUUGUACAUGAUCUUUUUGGUGGUUAUCGAGCUGCAACAUUUUGUGCAUUAUAUACAAUGAAAGAACAAAUCGAGAAUGAAAAUACACUGAAUGUUUAUGAAUUAGCAAAAUUAUAUCAUACAAAACGACCAGGAAUUUGGCGUCAUAACGGUGAUUUAUUAUUUUUAUAUCGUUGUGCAGAAAUUCUUUUUUCUGAGUAUAAAUCAUCAAAUUCUAAUCGUCAUUAUUUAUCAUCUAUUAUAACAUAA